GGAACUCGCGAUUACAAUGAAAAAGAGAUGGCAAUUCGCGAAAAAAUUUUUUCUACAAUCAUUUCUGUUUUUAAAAAACAUGGAGCUGUAACUAUUGAUACACCAGUUUUUGAAUUGAAAGAAAUUUUAUCUGGAAAAUAUGGUGAAGACAGUAAAUUAAUUUAUGAUCUUGAUGAUCAAGGAGGUGAAAAAUGUUCUUUACGAUAUGAUUUAACGGUCCCUUUCGCUCGGUUCUUAGCUAUGAAUUGUUCUCAAUAUCCAAGUAUCAAAAGAUAUCAAAUCGCAAAGGUUUAUAGAAGAGAUCAACCUGCUAUGACUAAAGGUCGUAUGCGCGAAUUUUAUCAAUGUGUAAAAAUGACAGAGGAGAAAGGAUUAGAUCCUGAUGUUGCUGACCGCAUAGGAGAAUAUGUUAAAUUAAAAGGCGGAAAAGAACUUUUGGAUAAAUUGUUUCUAGACGAAUCAUUGCUUUCCAAUAAUAAUGCUAAAGCCGGUUUAAAUGACAUGGUCCUUCUUUUUAAAUAUUUGGAAAUAUUUGGAGUGUUAGAUAAGAUCUCUUUCGAUCUUAGUCUCGCCAGAGGAUUAGAUUACUAUACUGGUAUUAUUUAUGAGGCCGUAACUGAACAAUCUGGACCUCCAAAUGAACUUGAUGAAACAACGGUUGGUGUAGGCUCUAUUGCUGCCGGUGGUCGCUAUGAUAAUCUCGUGGGUAUGUUUGCCAGUAAUAAAAAAGGCAACAUACCAUGUGUUGGCGUUUCCAUAGGUGUAGAAAGAGUCUUUUCCAUUUUGCUGCAAAAAGUUGCACUCGAGCAAGUAAAGGCAAAUGAAAUAGAAGUUUACGUAAUGGCAGUUGCUGAUGGAUUACUGGAAGAUAGAAUGAAGAUAUGUUCAGAGUUAUGGGAAGCUGGAAUUAAGAACAAGCCGAAAUUACAAUCACAAUUUUCAGUAUGUGAUCGUGAUCAAAUUCCUUUUGCUGUUAUCAUUGGUCGUGAUGAAUUAAAUCGUGGUGAAGUUAGAAUUAAAGAUAUGAGAUCUAAAGAACAAGGUGAAGGUGGUGGUGCGUUCAUAAAACGUAGUGAUAUGAUAACUGAAUUGAAGAAAAGAUUAGGAAAGGAUUCAUAA